UUCUCUCUGCUCUCUCUCCGAACACACUGUCUUCUUUUUGCCUGAGCUGAGAAGAGCAAGACACAGCGGCAGAAGGAGCUCACUCGCUCCAACUCCUCCCACGCCAUGCUGCCCUGGAGAAGGAAUAAGUUUGUUCUUGUGGAGGAUGAGGCAAAGAGUAAACCCAAGAGCCUCGGGACCGGGCUGACCUAUCACUCCAUCCUCUCUUCCCUCCUGCGCUCCUGUCCGGACUUGCUGCCCGACUGCCCCUUCGACUGGGUGGGCAACAUCUUCCACACCAAACGCCAAAAGGUGGAACUGAACAAAGAGGAGCCGGUUUACAAUGUGCGCUACCUGGGGAGUGUGGUCACCAUCACGGCAAAGGGAGACGGCUGCACCCAGGAGGCGGUGGCCAAGAUCUGGGCGAGGAGCAACUACGGGGACCAGAGCGUCAAGAUGAGGUUAACAGUUGGUCCACAAGGGAUCCGGAUGAGUGCUGACAAAUCCGGAAAAAAGAAACCAAUCCAUCUUUACUCUCUGAACAGAAUCACCUACUGCGGCGCUGACCCGUGCCGGCCAAAGAUCCUAGCUUGGAUCUACAGGCACCAGGUCAAGAACAUGGCCGUGGUGCUCCGGUGUCACGCCGUCCUGGUGAGCAAGUCCGAAAAGGCCCAGGCGAUCGCCCACAGCCUCUACCAGAACGCCACCUCCGCCUUCAGCGAGUUCAAGCGUCUGAAGCGUCAGAGCGACUUUCGGCACUGCCAGCAGCAGCUCCUGGGCGAGGAAGCGGUGCCCCUGAUGCCUCUGAGGAGGCUGCUGAACGGGCAGUGCCACUACAGACCGCCUGCUGAGAACCCCGGGAGCGCCACCCGCCUGUGCUCCAUCACAGAGGAAGAGGAAGAAGAAGAGGAGGAGGAAGAGGAGAAGCAGGAGAUGGAAGAACCAGAGGAGCAGCAGGAGAAAAAGGUUUUAACUACAAACACAGACCCGACUCAGUUAUUAUCAGAGCUGGACAUCGGGGAUAUUGCCAGACUGGAGCAGUGCCAAAUCAACUUUGUCAGCGACAGCAACAACAACACGUUUACAUUUAUAACCUCUCUGGUGUGACAGCAAUCAAGAAUUCUGCAACGACACAUUCCUCUCUUCGCCCUUCCUCGGUACCCCUCUCAGGCUCCCUCCUGCCCCGUCCAUGUAACGUGAAGUGUUUACCAGAAACUUCUCCUACUACCGAGUGACGGAGAAAAAGCGAAGGAUCGAUCUGUGGGAGUAGUUUCUCUCCUGGCCAGAUGGCUCAGAUGCUGGCUUGACUGUAGCAGUUUGUGAAACUGCGUGUUUACAAAGAGGGCUGGUGAUGCACAGACUAACGAUAGCACAAUGACGAACGAGGACAGAGAAGCGUGAGAGAUCACUGGGUCACAGCACCAAGCAGGAUGAGUUUAUUAGUCCUCUUAUUUUUGUGAGUAUAAUUGACGCCGUGUUUGCCAGCAGGGACAUUUUUUGGAGCGACUUGUAAUAUUUUUUCAGGGAGGUUCUUUGUAAAUUUGUGUAGUUUUUUUUCUAAUACGACAAUCUUCACUGAAAUUGUUCUGACCUUUCCGAGUGAUGAAGAAGUUUAUUACGGUUUUACUAAUGACCACGGCCAACUAAUGAAUAAGGCUGUAAUUUAGGAAGCAAGCCAUUGAGUCGACAUGUUUAUUGCUGUCAUUUGUUACAGUCCUUAUCAUUUAUGCAUGACAUGUCAGCAGUAACCUUUCCGUGCUCAGCUUUUGUCUUUUUUCAUGUGACAUCUUUGAUGCUUUUAAAAUGAACACUGUGAUAAAUGUGUGGCAGAGGACAAAAUGCAGCAAUGUCUAAUUACUGUAAUGCAUUUUUUAAUCAUAGACCUAUCGCAGUGUCACCUGGUUUGCCAAAACAACAAAAACAAAUCUCAACACGCCAUCUCUGUGCUCUUUUUAUCCGAGUUUUGCUAUUGCAGUUUUUCCACGUGAGCCCUUGCAAAAAUGCAGAUGGACCCUUAAGAUUUAACACAAACUGUUUUGAAUAUGACUUUUCCUCUUGAUAAUAUCUGUAGAACCAUCUAAAGAUGCAUUGUGAUUACUAUGAGAUGAAGCUAUUUAUUUUCCAGAUACGAUGAAUAAAA